CCAAUUUCCCCUCGACGGCGUCCGUCCCCAAUUUCGCCUUCGCCUUCUCUUCUCUUCCCGCUCCCGUCCCGAAAUCCGCCCGCCCGCCGAAUUAGUAGCAGAUCGAAGCCCUAGCCCUAGCCGCAUGGCCGCCGCGACCGUGCGCUGAGGCGGCGCGGGCUCUUUUCCAUGGGGUGAAGGAGGCGGCGUGCCCCCCCGAGGCGUGGGGACGAAUAAGGAUGGACCCUAGCUUGAAGGAGGAGGUGAUGAAGGCGGUGGAGGAGGCCAAGAGGUCCGCGGCCGCCGCCGCGGCGCCGACGCGGUGCCGGGUGGUGCGGAUCAUCGUGCACGACGAGGACGCCACCGACUCGUCGUCUUCCAGCGAGGACGAGGUGGACGAGGAGGUGGAGCAGGAGGGAGAGGAGCGUCCGGGGUCGGCGGGGAGCGUGAGCGUGAAGCGCAGCCGCGUGCUGCUCCAGUCCGCCGGGUGCGGAGGUGAGGAGGAGGAAGAGGACGAGGACGAGGAGGGGGAAGGCGGCGCGAGGUUCACGGGCGUGCGGCGGCGCCCGUGGGGCCGGUGGGCCGCGGAGAUUCGCGACCCGCUGCUCCGCCGCCGCGUCUGGCUCGGCACCUUCGACACCGCCGAGGAGGCCGCGGCGGCGUACGUCGCCGCGCGCCUACGCAUCCGUGGCGGGCCCAAGGCAUCCUCCUCCAGCGACCUGCUCCCUCCGCCCGCUGCCGCGCACCGCCCGGUCCUUCCCCCUCGUCCCCCGCCGCCACCACCACCUCAGCGGGAGAAGCAGCUGCCGCCGCCGCCGCCGCCGCUACCUCAGCGGGAGAAGAAGCAGCUGCCGCCGCCACCAACGCAGCGGGAGAAGCAGCUACCACUACCGCCACCGCCGCUACCUCAGCGAGAGAAGCAGCAGCUGCCGCCGCCGCCGCCGCCUCUGCUUCCGCCGAAGAAGCAGCUGCAGUACCCGCCACCGCCUCUGCUUCCGCCGAAGAAGCAGCAGCUGUACCCGCCACCGCUUCCCCUCCCACCGAAGAAGCAGCAGCAUCACCACCACCACCACCAUCACCCGCCCCUGCCGACACUUCCGCCGAAGAAGCGGCUGGCGCCUCCGCCUCUGCUGCCGGAAAGCAAGAGGCAGUGCCUCGCCUCCUCCCCGUCGGAGCCGCCGCGGUUCGUGCCUCUGCCGGUGUGGGCGCUCAUGUCCGGGUCCGGGAAGCGCAAGAAGCGGUCGGGCUGCGGCGGGCGCGUCCCCGCCCUCCACACCCCCGCCCCCGCCGCCGAGGAGACCGGGCGCGCCUGAGAGGCCGGAGACGAACGGCGCGCUACUCCCUUGGUAGCACUACCUGGUAUCCAUCGUUCCAUCCAUCCCCCUACCGCCGCUCCUCGAUCUUGAUGGCCGAUCUGAAUGGCCGCCGCUCGUCGUGUCGUGCCCGUGUGACUGCAUUCCAAUCCAAUCCAUCGAUGCUAAUGUGAAGAGAGCCUGUUGUAACCUCUCUCACUCUCUCUCUGAUUCAUGAACUGAUGAUGAUUUGUGUACAUAUGCUGGCAUGCUGCUGCUGGAACUGGUGGAUCCGGAACCGCAGCGGGUGAUGAACUGAUCUUGUAAAACCUGAUGAGUUAUUAUUAUUCAUGUGUAAUAAAUAAGUAUCAUCUGUUGACAAUCUUCUUUCGAA